UGGGCCCUUGAAGAGCGGGCCGGCCCAUCAUCGCGCUGACCAGGGAAUCCGCAUCUCCCGAGCAAAUCUCAGGCAGAAAACCGCAGAAACGCUCCAAAACUUCCCUCUGUCCUUCCUACUGUCUCCAUCAUCAUCAUCCUCAUCGUUAUCAUCAUCUGUUUCCUCAAUCAAUCCCCAGAGCUCCAAUCCCCGUCAUGGAUCCAAACCCUACGCGCUUCCCGAUCCUCUCCUACGUCAUGUCGCGCCUUAACUCCGUCUCCUUCAUCCGAUCCGAUUCCGAACCCGACAUCGAAGCAUGCCUCAGAUCCAGAUGCGACUCAAGAACCACAGCGCCUCGUUCUCCGUCGACCUCCUCGAAUCCAUGCCCCACCUCGCGAUCCCACUGUCCUCGCCCGCCAUGAAGUUCGCGUCGCGACGGUCGCCCGACCCGCUUCCGUCCUCAAACCCUAGGCGAUCGCCCCGACCACGAGUCCGUCGACGUUUCCCGCGCUCGCCUCUCUCAGAUCGACACCGCCCUCUACAGGAGCCUCGAGGACAUCGUCCGCGCCCCUCGGCCCGAAGGAGUCGACGUGAUUACCUGGAGGUCCGUCAUGGCUGAUCAGGAGAAAGAGUGCCGAGAGAAGGCCGAGAAGGUGAAGGCGCCGUUCAAGGCGAUUAUCGAGCUGGAGGAGAUGCACGAGGCGUAUAAUAACCAGCUGAAGGUAGCUGAGGAGAAGCUGGUUAAGAUUUACGAAGGGCAUAGAUUGAAUCAAGAUGAGGAAGAUAAAGAGAAAGAUGAGGGUAAGGAACUGGUGGAGGAUGAUAAUGUGAACGAAGAGGUGAUUGGGAUCUUGCAACAGGAGAGAGUGGAGAAGGUGGAGCUGUCGGCCCGGAAUCUGAGGUUCUUGCCGGAGGAGUUUGGGAGGAUCAGAGGGCUCAUCUCUCUUGAGCUCUCUAACAAUCAGCUGCAGGUCAUUCCAGAUUCUAUAGCAGGGCUGGAACAUUUAGAGGAGCUUCGAGUUUCUUCCAACCUUUUAGUCUCAUUGCCUGAUUCUAUUGGAUUUCUGCUUAAUCUGAAGAUCCUCAAUGUAUCUAGUAACAAGCUCAAGGCAUUGCCUGAUAGCAUCUCUAAGUGCAGAUCCCUAGUGGAGCUAGAUGUGAGUUACAAUGAGCUCACCUUUCUGCCAACGAGUAUUGGGCAUGAAUUAGUGAAUCUGCAAAAGCUGUGCGUCCAACUUAAUAAGCUUCGAUCUCUUCCUACAUCUGUUUGCGAGAUGAAAUCUUUAAAGCAUUUGGAUGCACACUUUAAUGAACUACGAGGUGUACCCUAUGCUAUAGGAAAACUGUCAAAUCUCGAGUAUCUAAAUUUGAGUAGCAACUUCAGUGACCUGCAGGAGCUUCCCCCUACAUUUGGCGACCUAAUUAACCUUAGGGAACUUGAUCUCAGCAACAAUCAGAUCCAUGCUUUGCCUGAUACAUUUGGCCGUCUUGAGAGACUUACAAAGCUCAACUUGGAUCAGAACCCGCUAUCUUUGCCACCAUUGGAGGUGGCAAACCAAGGGGUUGAGGCAGUGAAGGAGUACAUGGUGAAAAGAUGGCUCGACAUGUUAUUAGAAGAACAAAGGAAGAUCAAGCUUCAAGAACAGUCACCAACAAAGGUUGGUUGGCUUACACGCAGCACCUCGUUGUUGGGUGGGUUAGUUUCUGGAGUUUCUGAAUAUCUUGGUGUUGGCGAUAGAUCUCCACGAGAUCCUUAUCUUGAUCAGAAUCUGUGACUCAAUUUCAUUUUGGAGUUUACUACUGCGGGGCACUUAGCAUGUGUGCAGUUUUUGAUCAUGUGCUUUUGUGAGGUUACACGAUGUUACCUUUUCUUUCCUCCUAGUUUUGCUUGAGGACCAUUUAAGAAGCAUCUAAAACUGUGAGACACUUCGAAAGAACUCUGCAGACGUCGUCUUUUUGUAAGUAUGUUUCUUUACUGUUUUCUUCUGAUGUGAUAUUCAUGAGAAACAGUGACGAAUAUUGGAUGUGUUUCAGGACCCCUAUACUGUUAUUGUUCUUUAUCGUUGUUGCAGAACAAAACCUGUAUAUUUCUUUUGAAAAUUUGGGAAAGAGAUUCUUACUUGCCUGCAUGGUCUACA